UUUGUUUGGGUUAGUUGAGCGCGGCCGUUUAGCACUGGCCGACUUUGUUCGGCUAUAGCUUUUUUUGUGCUUGAUCAAAUUUAAAUGAAAAUAUACCAUUCGAAAGCCCUCAAAAGAUUUUCCCCAAAUAGAUUCCCAACAAAACCGGAUUUUAACUUGGCUAUUAGAAUUUUUAGAUUGAAUUUUUCUUAAAAAUUUUUAAAUUUCAGUUUGUUUAUUUUAUUAUCCAUGAGCAGUAAAAAUUCUCAAUCAUCUUCAUCUCGAAGACGUGAACGUGACAGGCGAUCAGAUCGAAGUAAAAGCCCUAGAAGGUCAAAAAAGGAUGGGCGGCAUAAACACGAUGAUUCCAGUUCAAAGAAUGAGAUACAGAAAGGAAUUGAGAAAGCCAAGAAUCGCUUAAAGUCAUCUCUAAACGAAGCAAUAGAUAGCGGAAGAAGUUCAGAGUAUUCUCAGGCCAUACGACUUCGACAGGAAAAACAAGAUGCUUCAGAAAUAUUAGACUCCGUUUCCCGCCAUGCUGCCAUUGAACGGAUUGAAGAGCCUGGUUUUAAUCCUUGUUCGUUCAAAUCAGAUGCGGAUUCGGCUAGAAUGUCUUCCACUACAACCAAAAGUUCUGAGAACACCACAAAUUUGUUUACAUCUUCUUCUACAACCCAUCACGAUCGUGCAAUGUUUGGACCUCUAUGGGCGAGUAAACAAAUUGCAGAAAAGUCUAAAAAUAAAAAGGAGGUUGGCAAAAAACGAGAUAAGGAUGAAAAUAAGGAGGAGAAUAAGAAGGAAGAAACAACAACUGUCCCCCCGGCAAGCAGAUUUCCUUUGGCACAUGAAAAACUUUCUGAAGACCCUGAAGUUAGAAAUAAACGUUGGUUAGAAUUAUUUAGAGAAAGGAGAAGGAUGACAAUUGAGGGGAUUUUGUAA